AUCUGAUGUUGGUCGCUGUGAGUAGGUGAGACGCUGGCGUGUGUUCGCUGCCGCGGCUGACGCUGGACAAGAUCUCAAAAGAUCUCAACUCUCAGUUACUCUAACUUUAAUGAACUAUAGCAAGAGGAAAUAAGAUAUCACGUCAUUUGUACAGGUUGCACUGUACCAGCAUAGACCCAGUGAUGUUGUCGUCAAUGGUCAAGGAGCAUCAGGCAAGGCAGCAGUCCCGUAAGGAAGAACAGGAGCGGCGACGCAAGGAAGCUGUCCAAGCAAGCAGUAACCUCACACACGCUCUCGUUGAUCAUCUAAAUGUGGGGGUGGCCCAAGCAUAUCUCAAUCAGAAACGACUGGACAGUGAAGCAAGCCAGCUUGAACAAAAUGCUACCAAUUUUCAGAGACAGACAUCCCAGUGGUUGGGUCUUAUUUCAUCUUUUACAGACUCCAUGAAAGAGGUUGGCCACGUUCAAAACUGGGCAACAACAAUUGAGUCAGACAUGCAGACCAUUGCUACUGCUUUAGAAUAUGCUUAUAAAGUUGAACAACAAGGUGGCAUUGGUAGUGGAUCAGCAACUUGAAAUUUAUUGCUGUUGCAAGCAAAUGGCCUCAUAUUAUUUUCAAGCACUUGCAGUGAUAGAGAACAGGAUAAUAUGGAGUGUGAUUUUUUUAAUAUCAGUAUUUCUGAAUUCUAGUUGUCAUUAAAUGUUUUUGAAAGUCUCAAAUUAUAUAUUGUAGUGUAUUCUUGUAAUAAAUUUGUGCAGGGAGUGAUUGUGAUGUUGAUACGUAUGGAAUGGUUUUGAAAUAGAGCUGUAUGUACAAGGUGUAUGUGUUUGUAAUACAUGAUUAUGUAUGGUAUACUUGUGGCAUUGUACAAUGAAUAUGAGGCUUCUGGUGUAUGAGGAUGUGUGAUAUAUGUGCAACAUUGGAAGCACAGUGUCUAAAUAUGACCAUUUUGCAACAGAUGUUUCUUUAAUAUUACCCACACACAUAAGUGUACAUCUAUUACAUACAAGUUAUUUAUAAAUAAAAUGUUAUAUGACAAGUAUAAAGUGUAAAUUUGUUAGGUAUACAAAUUGUAUUAGGCAAUUGUGUAACUAAUUGCAUUAUAAAUUUAAAUAUUUGAGCAUUGCUUUUUGUAAUCACAUUCAUAGUAUAUAUAUCAUCAUAGUCAAUUAAAGAAGCACCAUCAUACUCUAGUAGUUAUCCACAACAACAACUCAUUCUUACAAACUUCUUACACCAUACUUUGUUCCUUACUAUAUCCUCUCCAUUGUUUGCAAUUACUUCUUCACACAUCAUAUCCACACAUAUUCUUAUUGGCAUUCCUCAACUGCUAUUCUUAAAUUCACUUGCAUAAGAUUCCUUAAUCUUCUAUCAUCAACAACAUCUUCAAAACCUUGUGUUUUAUAAACCUUUGCAUUCCACAUUUCCCCACAACAUUUUCAUUCAUUAAUUUAACGUUUCUAAUACCAUACAUGUUACUUAGAUUAUCCAUUUUUGUUCUUUUUGCAAGUCCCAAUGGUAACCAUUGGGUUUAUCACUCAUUAAUUUCUCUGUAAUUUCCUCAUAUUCGUUUAGUCACAUGUUAUUACUCAUCAUAAAUAUUAAUACUGUAUAUUGA